UAAUUUUUCGCCAAGGUCGCGCUUUGGUGCACUUUAAAGUCUUUCUGCGUGUGGCUUUAUAAUGCCAGAGGUUACUCAUCAAGAUAAUGAUAAAAAGACAAAGAAGGAACUUAGAAAAUUACAACGCGAUAUAGGUAAACCAAAGGUUCAAGAAGCAGAGGUUGAUCAGAAAACUGUGGUUAAGCUCCUUGGGGAAAAUGGGAUACUUGAUGCAACGGAUGCAUAUGGUGUUCUCCCAUUGUGUCAGUCACAGUUUACUGAAGGCCCCAAAUACACUGAACUGAGAGAAUUGUCAAAGGAGUCAAAUAUCAAUCAAAAUGUGUGGGUUCGUGGGCGUCUUCAUAGAAGUCGAAUGAAAGGAAAACUAUGUUUUUUUAUACUACGUUUACAAGACUACAGAGUUCAAAACGUGCUUUCUGUCGGGGAACGUACUCCAAAAGAAAUGUUGGCAUUCGUCUCCAGCAUUUCUAAGGAAUCGAUCGUCGAUGUUUUUGGGCGAGUUCUAAAAAGCCCUGUUCUCAUUGAGGGUUGCAAUCCAGAUACCAUUGAAAUCCAUUGUGAAAAAGUGUUUGUUGUAAGUGCUGCUCUUCCAACUUUACCUCUACAAAUUGAAGACGCAAUGAGACCUGAUGAUGACGAAACGACUUUGAGUCGAGUCAAUCAGGAUACUCGUUUGGAUAAUAGAUGCAUAGAUCUGAGGACUCCGGCCAAUCAAGCUAUUUAUCGGGUUGAAGCUGGUGUAGUCAAAUUUUUUAUGGAAUACCUUACUAAUGCUGGGUUUGUGAAUAUCCAUACUCCAAAAAUGAUUUCAGCAGCUUCCGAAGGUGGUGCAAAUGUUUUCAAAGUGUCCUACUUUUCUGGUAGUGCCUAUUUGGCCCAGUCACCUCAGCUAUAUAAACAAAUGGCCAUAGCGGCUGACUUUGAAAGGGUCUUUACCAUAGGCUCAGUUUUCCGUGCUGAAGAUUCUAACACACAUCGACAUCUUACAGAAUUUGUUGGUUUAGACAUAGAGAUGGCCUUCAAAAACCAUUACCAUGAGGUGGUCGAUCUUAUCGCAGAUAUGUUUGUUCAUGUGUUCAAAGGGUUGCAACGCGAAUAUCAAACUGAAAUCCAAACCAUAUGUCAACAAUAUCAUUCAGAACCUUUUGAAUUCCUUCAACCUACGUUACGCUUACAAUAUCGUGAUGCUAUUCGGAUGUUACAAGAUGCCGGUUGGGAAAUUGGAGAACUAGAUGAUUUAAAUACACCUGCUGAAAAGUUCCUUGGGAAAUUAAUCAAGGAAAAGUAUCAUACAGACUUUUAUAUUCUUGAUAAAUUCCCACUUGAUAUUCGCGCUUUCUAUACUAUGCCACAUCCUACUGAGAAGGGCUAUUCUAAUUCGUAUGAUUUUUUCAUGCGUGGGGAAGAAAUCAUGUCUGGGGCACAACGUAUUCAUGAUCCAGUCCUUUUAUCGGAACGUGCUACACACCAUAAAGGCAUUUUAACUUGGCACGUUGUCGGUAAACGUUAUAUUAAACUACGUUUAUAGGUUGCACACCUAAUGUAGUAUCAAAAUGUAGGUUUAAUUAUCUUUUGGUGGACUAUCACAAUUCAGUGAUUCCUUAUCGAAACUCCUGUUUAUUUAUACUCGCAAAUUAUGCAUAGCGAAAUCACUCAAAAAUUAAUCUAAAUGCUAUUGCACCAAACCGACUAUGAUUUCAUUUAAUCUGGAUUCUCUUGUUGAUGAGCGAUGUGUGUUAACAAGUUAUUUGUUUCAUGCUAAUAUUAUGUGUAAAAUCAGCCACUCAUGUGCUGUUAAUAUCUGGUAUUAUUAAAAUUUACUCCCCAAUUUUAUAGGUUAUGUAGAUAAUUGAUUAAAGCGAUACAUUUCAAGAAUAUAAUGGUCAUUCAAUCCCUACCAAUCCACCUCUAUUAACUUUGGCAAUUUAAUUACUUGUGAAAUCAGUCUGUUGAGCAGAAAGCUAUACUCCCAGCACGUGACUAGCAUGUCCGUUAACAGUCGUUUAUGUGCUGUUCGGCUAAACGGCUUCGUAAGAACUCAGAAGGAUAGGGACACAUGUCGUUGCCUUUUUAUCGUUUCUGCCUACGCUCCCACCGACUGCAGCUCAGAUGAAGUGAAAGAUGAAUUUUACAGAAAGCUAUCUGAACUUCUUCAGAAAGCUAAACGUUCAGACAUAAUACUCGUCGAAGGUAACUUUAAUGCCCAGACAGGUAGUUUAAACCAAACAGAAGGGCAUUUAGGUGAACAUUUUAGUAUUCCAGCACAGCAAACAUAUAAUGGUGAUCGUCUGCUGCAACUGUGCUCAGGCAAUCGUUUAUUUUUAGCAAACACAAAUUUUAAGCAUAAGGAGAGACAUCGUCUAACAUGGCGACCCCCUACACCAAACCAAUGAUGGACUCAAAUAGACCAUAUUGCCAUCAGUCAUCGUUGGAGAGGGUCGGUAGAAGAUUGUCGCUCAUUCUUGAGUACCUGCUUGGACUCCGACCAUGCCCUAAUACGGGCACGCAUAUGCUUGCGCCUCACUGGACGCAAAAAAGCCACAUUAAAAAGACCCAUUAGGACUGAGUUGAGUAGCGAGAAAACCAAAAGUAGGUUCCAGGAACAACUGACAUCACACUUAGGUAGUUCUCAAGACGAGGCUGGCCCAGAUGUUGCUUGGAGAGCUAUACAAACAGCUGUGGAAACAGCAGUGACAUCUAUCAGUGAUUUAAACCACAGAGUUAUAAAGAACCAGUGGAUUUCUUCAAGGUCUAUCACAUUGAUGGAUUCUCGUAAAUUCAUCCCAUCAGGCCCUGAACACGAUGAAGAGCGAAAACAAAUCAGAUCUAGGUUAAGCAAAAGUCUAAGAAACGACCGUGAGCAGUGAUGAGCAACCAAGGCAAAAGAGAUGGAAAAGGCGGUGACUGUAGGGAACACAAGACGGCUCUACAGAUUAAUAAAAUAAACUGGAAUUAAUAAGUCAAGUGUAAGUGAGAUUAUUUCGGAAAAAGACCAUACUCUCAU